AUGUUCCACUUACAAGGCCCACAAGUGCUACAGAUGCUAGAGAAAUCCUUGAGGAAGAGCAUCCCAGAGUCCUUAAAGGUUUAUGGGACUGUCUUCCACAUGAACCAGGGAGACCCAUUCAAGCUGAAGGCCCUGGUGGACAAGUGGCCUGAUUUUACAACAGUGGUUAUCCGCCCUCAGGAGGAGGAAAUGACAGAUGAUUUUGAUCACUACACCAACACCUACCAAGUCUAUUCUAAGAAUCCCCAAAACUGUCAAGAAUUCCUUGGUGCAUCAGGUAUCAUCAACUGGAAACAACAUUUGCAAAUCCAAAGUUCUCAGUCCAGCCUGAACGAAGUGAUACAAAAUCUUGCAGCUGUUAAAUUGGUCAAGGUCAAGCAAAAACAAGGCAUUAUGUAUAUGUUGCCCGAGACAGCAAGUAAACUGCUCCCUUCCUUGCUGGAGGCAAAGAACUUACCUCUUAAAUCUGGCAGACGCAAAGUCAUCAACCAAGAGAUGUUUAAACUCUCCUCCAUGGACGUUACUCACGCUGCCUUGGUGAAUAAAUUCUGGCAUUUUGGGGGCAAUGACAGGAGCCAGAGAUUCAUUGAGCGCUGUAUCCAGAACUUCCCCACCUUCUGCCUUCUGGGGCCCCAGGGGACCCCUGUGUCUUGGAGCCUGAUGGACCAGACAAGUGAGAUACGGAUGGGGGGUACUCUGCCUGAGUACCGGGACAAGGGUCUCAUCUCCUAUCUCAUGGAUGUUCACAUCCAUGCUCUGGACAAACUUGACUACCCUACCUAUUACCAUACAUUUGUAACCAACAAAAUCAUACAGAAAAUGAGUCACAGUCUGAAUCAUAUCACCUUGCCCUGUGACUGGAACCAGUGGUACUGUGUGCCUCUGUGAAGCAGUCCUGAACACAAAACAGUGUUUGGUGGGCUGAUGUGGCAGGAAGAGUGGAUGGUGGGCAGAGAGAAAGAAUAAAUUGUAAUU